CUCCGAUUGGGGGAAAAUUUGGAGAAAGACUGCCCCGGCUUGAUUUGCAAUCUGAAUUUUUGCGUUCUCGUCGCUACGCGAGAUAUCAAGCCCGGCGACCUGCUACAACGCGCAUCACACAAUCACGACCUCUGCGUGAAGGAAUCACAAGAAGCGGAAAGGUUGGCAGCAACUAGUACGGUGACAAGUAAGAAAAAGACGAAGCAGAAGAAGCAGCCGAGUGGGGGGGCUGAGCCACUCUUGGUGGAUAAGAAGAUUUCCAACUACCUGUUGGACAUAGCAAAGGAUGGCAGAUUCAGGGUGUGCCUCCGGAAUCAAUUUUUUGCUCGUCAUGCAUACAGGCCCAUGCGCAACACGCAUCGUUGGAUGCGUCACCCCGAGAGCGAGCGCGCCGACAAUAACCAAGCUUGGCUCUCGAACGUGGCUAAUCGGCUCUGGCUUACGCUCCCUGAGAAUCGGUAUGGGGACCUCAAGAAGCAGGCAGUGGAGAAAUUCCUGGGAGCGUCGCAGAGCUUAAAGCAGCACGGCGCGGGUGAGGAGGCCGAUCAGCUUGCCCACAUGUUCACGGCGGUGGAAGAGCGUGCGUCUGACGAUUUUCGGGUACCCGAUUUCGUUCCUUCAAACGCAUGCGCGAUGCCCAGUGCCGAGCUUUGUGCUGGACAAACGGUAGAGAUUGAGGGACUGAAAAACUUCCCGAAAUUGUACGGGAAGCUCGCCCGGGUUAUUAGUAUCGGCGAAGACCUCGCUGAGCAACAGCGGCGCUUUGGUUCCGAUUUUCAAGCGGGUGCACUCUGUGAGGGACCAACCCGCACGGGCGGCAAGGUCCCUCUGCAGGUCGCAGACUUCGAGAAGUCCAAUUUUUUCGCCGAUAUGCCGGAGAAAGUCCUCAAGC